CUUUCUCGCCCGGCAUCCCUUGUUCCCGUUCCGACACCUCGAUGCCCUCAUUGGACUCCCCCACCUUGUCGCUCGAAUCGACGGUGGUACCCAUGGCGGAGACGCCAGCCCAGCAGUCAAGAACGGUUUCAAUUGCUGGCGAUGACCGCAUCGAAAAGAAGGACGGCUCGUUAUCGGGCGAGGGGUCUGUCAAUGUAAAAGAAACAGGAGGUGAUCUUGAGCAGCCGGCGGGGGAGGCGACCUUCCCAGAAGGUGGGCUCCGGGCGUGGCUUGUGGUCAUUGGAGUGGUGAUUUCGCAAAUGUGCAGUUUCGGUUACACCAACGCCUACGGAGUAUACAAUGACUAUUACGUUCGGUACUAUCUUGCAAAGAACUACACUUCAGGGCAAAUCAGUUGGAUCGGUAGCGUCCAGCUAGGUCUGGUCCUAUCUUCAGGGCUCGUCUCCGGACGGGCCUUCGAUCGAGGAUACUUUUAUCACCUCAUGAUCGGAGGUUCCAUCCUUCUCGUCUUCUGCCUAUUUAUGCUCUCCAUCACUCAGCCGGAGAAGUUGUACCAGGUGUUCUUGUUGCAAGGCAUAGGGAUGGGGAUUGCAAUUGGGCUGAUGUACAUCCCGGCUUUGGGGAUCAUCUCUCAAUACUUCCUUAAACGUCGGUCAUUAGCCUUGGGGAUAGGAACUGCCGGCUCAGCGCUAGGCGGGAUGCUCCACCCUAUCAUGCUGAACAAAUGGUUCCAUGGUUCCUUAGGGUUUCAUAACGGAGUCCGAGCAAGUGCGGGUCUUAUUGGAGGACUUCUCCUGAUUUCCAUCAUCUUGAUGAAACCGCGGCCACAGGCUUUCGCAGCUCGCAAGCAGAACUCGGAUCCCGGUCUUUUGAAGAAUUUCCGAACGUUCCUCUCUGAUAUCCCCUAUACGAUCACGGUAUUUGGGACGAUAUGCGUUCUAUCUGGCCUGUACUUCCCAAUCUACUUCAUCCAGCUCAACUCGAUAAAGAAUGGUAUCAACCCGGACCUUGCGUUCUACACGAUCGCCAUUCUCAACGGUUCCAGCAUCAUCGGCCGAAUCGUCCCAAACAUCUUCAUCUACCGAUUUGGUGCCUUCAAUGUCCUCGUUCCCUGUACCGCAGUCUCCGCCAUCCUCGUUUUCUGCACGCUCGCAGUAAACAACGCCGUAGGGACGAUCUUCUACUCCGUCCUCUUUGGAUUCUUCUCCGGAGCUUAUGUGGGCACGUUGCCGCCAGCAAUCACGUCGUUGGCGCACAGCGAUAGUGAGAUAGGAUCACGGUUGGGGAUUUGCUUUACGUUCACAGGCAUUGGUGGUCUGAUAGGCACGCCAAUCGCAGGCCUUUUGCUCACUUCAGAUUUCCACUGGUGGCGCCCCAUCGUCUUCGCGGGCGUAUGCGUCUCGACAGGCUUCCUCAGCUUCACAUGUACUCGUUUCCUGAAAGCCAGAGAACGAGGUACUCACAGGGUGUGA